AUUAAAGGUAUAGUUGAGUAUUGGUAAUUUCCAAAGUGCCCCUCCAAAACAGAUUUGGUUUAUUUCAGUACCAUAUGAAAGAUCAUCGAAAAAAACAUGGGAGAUGAUAAUAAUUCCAAAUCAAAUGCUCUAAUUGUUGUGCAAUUUGCUUUCAAAACAUUAUAUAAAAGUGUUUGACGUCCGGACAUCACUUUUGACUUUCGACGGUUUAUUUUUUGAAUUUACGUGUUUAGCUCCCUCUAUGUCAUUUAACAACCAGCGUAUUUACAACGAGUGUUUGAGUUCGUUGGUACGUACAGUACUACAGGUAGCUAGCAGGCGGGUAUCCGACCGCGCGCUAGUAAUACAGUACAGCUGAUCAAUUCCAAUACGCUGCUUUCACGUAAAGUAUAACACACACAGCUCAUAUCAGAUUAUCACCGGCGCCGAUCGAACGCUAGACAGCUACAGACAAGCUUUGAUUGAAAUACGAUAACGAGAUCGAGACUGGAAAAGGAGCUCGAGGUCACGGACGAUGGCCGACUCGGACUCAGCUAGUGCUAAGCCUAAGGACAAGGCUAAGGCUACGCUAAAUCGGAAUAAGACUAAGUAAGACGGUAAGAGGAAGGAGAGAAACAAGCAAUGGCAGCUCGACCAUCCGGCCCAGAGGAGGCGCGGGAGUGGCUGUGAACAAGGCCAGGGUACGGCGGAGAAACUUCGCGAGCUGCAGGCGGCCUUCUCGUUGCCGAGUCUAGAGGAUGCAAUAGACAUGCCAGCUCACUGAGAGAUAUGAAGAACAGACAACACAAUCCAUCCCCAGCGAAGAAAUUCCAAGCAGCAGUAGGGGAAUUAGCAGGUGAAUAGUACAAGUCACCUUUGACCGCAAAUUCAUGGAGAACUUGGCCUACUCUGCUGAUUUGCUCGCUUCAGGCACACCAGCAUGCUCGAGUGUUUCCACAACCAUAUACUGAUGUAUGCUUCCAAGCGGUAUUCCUUUGACUACCCAGCAAACCGGGCAAGGAAUUUGCUUGCGGUCAUCGACUACAUGGCACACAAGGACAGGCCCGACCAGAUUGAUGAACAAGGCAAUACAAAAUAUGUUGCAGUAUGGUCAAAGCGUGCCAACAACUACGUGGCCCGGAAGGAGAAGGUCCCCAAGACCUACCCCUACAUGUAUGUACAAGGACUCAUCGGUGCGAUACUGGAACGCAGAGAACAGGACCAAGGACCACUGUUCUCGAAGGCUGUUCUGCUCCCUGAUGACCCUAGACACACAAGGCCCCGGCUUGCACCAUUUCCUCCACCACAAGUUGAUGUGAUCCUAGCCAGGAGACUAGGCCGAUUAGAGAAAUCCAUGUAAUCCUCUGUAGUGAACAUUUGGGAUUGUCUGACUUGAGAACUGCUUUUUUUUCGAGCAGAGACUAAGGGAUCCAAAUGGCGUCCUUCCGUCCAUCCUCCGUGACUGUACACAAAUUUGAAUGAAGUCUAAUGUGAAAUCUUACCUGCAAAAA